AUGGCUGAAGGUCUUGCUGCUGUUGGGGCUGUCGCCAGUAUAGUUCAGCUCGUUGAUUUCAGCGCCAAAGUCAUCCUUCGCCUCAAGGAGUUCCAUUCUCUUGCAGGAGAACUGCCAACGUCCCUUCGCUAUGUCAGCUCUGAGCUGCCUGUUUUAAGCACCACACUAGAGAGCAUUUGCCAAAAUCUGAAGGUGAACCCAGCAGAUUCCAAACUCGAAGCUGCUCUGCUAUUGGUAGUCAGUGAGUGCCGCGAACAGAUAGCGCAACUAGACGCCAUCAUUACGACGACGCUGCCGACUGCUGGUGACAAGUGGUUGUCAAAGAGUAAGAAGGCUAUAGGAAGUCUGUAG